GCGAGGCGGAGUCUCUGGCGGUGGCGGCGGCGUGGUUUUGUAUUAUUUACGGAGAGCCCCUCGGAGAUUAGAAUAUUAGCGAAGGGGAGAAAUUUAAUAUUGGGAGUAAAGUGAAGUUUUAUUGGUAUAUGGUCCGUGGCCGCGGCCGCAAGGGGAUGCCGACGCCGGUUAGCAGCGCCCGCGCGUGCCUGGCGGCGGAGGCGGGGGUCGCCCUCGACGAGGGGGUGGCCGUCGCCAGACGCCGCGCGCACGCGCAGACGACGUCCCUCCAUGUCGUGUACGCGCUCCUCCUCCAGCCCGCCGGCGGAGGCGGAUCCGGAUCCGGCGCGCAGUCUGCUUCUUCUUCGAUCCUGCGCGAUGCGCUCUUGCGCGUGCGGAGCGUUGCGUACUCGGCCAGGAUGCAGCUCAGGGCGCUCGAGCGAUGCUUCGGGAUGGCGCUCGACCGGCUGCCUUCGUCGUCUGGGGGUCAAAGGGAGGGGGGCGGGGAUGAGCCGCCGGUGUCGAACUCGCUUAUGGCGGCUAUAAAGAGGUCUCAGGCGAACCAGAGGCGGAAUCCUGAGAGUUUCCAUCUGUACCAGCAGCAGCAGCAGCAGAACGCCGCCACCGGCGUCGUGUCAACCUUCUCCGGGGUGAAGGUGGAGAUGCAGCAGAUGGUUCUUGCGAUCUUGGAUGAUCCUAUUGUUAGUCGGGUGUUCGGUGACGCGGGAUUCCGGAGCGUGGACGUUAAGUUUGCCAUCCUCCGCCCCCCUCCGACCAUCCUCCGAUUUCCUCGCGCCGCCAAGUGUGCGCCGUUGUUCUUGUGCAAUUUCUCUGCCGGGGAUGGAUUUGAGGCGCCGGUCACUGCAAGGAGGAUCGCUUUUCCCUUUGCCCCUGAGGUCGGUCAGCUUUGUUCCGACGGCGGCGACGAGAACUGUCGCAGGAUUGGAGAUAUUCUAUCUCGGAAAGGAGGCGCAACGAACCCGAUGCUCAUAGGUGUUGGGGCCGCUGAGGCAGCCAAAGACUUCGCCCAGGCCGUUGAGCGGAAAAAUUGGGCGAUCUUGCCUCUGGAAAUUCGUGGAAUCGAACUCGUUAGCAUUGAGAAGUUGGUGGCUGAGUUCAGCACUGGACGCUGUGAGUUGUCUGCCGUCGAUGCUAGACUGAUGGAGUUGGAAAAGGAAGCGGCGAUGCCCGGAGUGGUGGUGAAUAUAGGAGAUUUGAAGGAGAUGGUGGACUGUAAAGCUGAAUGUGACGAGCACGAAAGGUGUUUGAUCUCUGAUCUCACAAGGUUGCUCGAGGUUUACCAAGGUAGGCUGUGGGUGAUGGCUUGGUCUGCGACAUAUGAAACGUACAUGAAGUUCCUGUCUAGGCAUCCAUUGUUGGAUAAAGAUUGGAACUUGCAGCUUUUGCCAAUCACUUCAGUGAGAAGUGGGAUGGGUUCAUCACUUCCUAGACCUCCCAGCAUGAUGGAAUCAUUUGUUCCGUUUGGAGGUUUUUUCCCUACGGCAUGCGAGUCUAAAGACAUUGGCAGCAGUGUUUCUCCACCAGCAUCCCGCUGUGAACUUUGUAAUGAUAAGUAUGAAGAAGAACUUUCCUUUCUUCUCAAGGGACAAUCAUCUUCAGUUUGUGAAAAGAAAAAAGAUACCUUGCCGUUUUGGCUUCAGAAAGCCAACACAACUGGCUUGAACAAUGAAUAUAAUGCAGCGCAGGCUAAAGACGAUAAUGGUUUAUUGAAUGCUAAAAGUAUGGAAUUGAAAAACAAGUGGAAUGAAGUGUGCCGGCAACUCCACAAUUGCCAUACAAGAAAAACUGUCAAUUACCCUGAAAUUCCUUGUACCACUUAUACUUCUAGUAUUUCUUACAAAAAUAGAGCCUCCAGUAAGGUUACUGAAAAACCUGAAGACUCUCAAACACUUGGCAAUUCACUAUCUAUCUCAGUAGGCACUCAGACAGUCACCAUGGCCAGCCAGAGUAUCUCAUUGCCUUUAGUCGUGGAAUCAAGAAAAAAUGACCUAUUGCCAAAACACCAGGUCAGACUUUCAAAAAGUGAACAGCUUCAGAGAGUGGAUCUCCCCUAUCACCAAGGUGAUGAACAUGCCUCCCCUUCCUCUAUAACAUCAGUUGCAACAAAUUUGGUUUUGGGUAACCUUCCUGAGCCUCUUUCAAAGGAGGAAAAACCUGCUAAGGAAGUUCAAAAAAGUAAUGUGGAGAAAAUUUCAAGUUGCUUACCCUCAGUUGAUACUGCCAAAAGAAAUGUAUCAGAUGUUCCUGUUGCAGAAUUUUCCUGCUCUAGCAUUAAAGAUUAUCAGGCAAAAAGUGUGUACCCAGUCAAUCCAAUCCACUCAUUUUCACAAGUCUCAAAUGGCCGUGCUUCUUCUUAUGACAAAUCCCCUUUGUUAGUCUCAUCCAGUAUAAUGCAAAAUAUUGACCUGAGUAGCUACAAAUCAUUUUGUAAAAGUCUCAUUGAUAAAGUUGGCCGACAAGAAGAAGCAGUUAUUGCUAUUAGCCAAGCCAUAUUUCGUUGUAAACUUGAUGAAAGGCGUCGUGGUAGACUGCGAAGGGACAUUUGGCUUAAUUUUCAUGGUCCAGAUAAGAUGGGUAAGAUGAGAGUAGCAGUAGCACUAUCAGAAUUAAUACAUGGAAGCAAAGAUAACCUUAUUUGCAUUGAUCUAAGUUAUGAGGACGGUGUUGCUCGACCCAGUAGCAUAUGUGCUCAACAAGGGGUAACUGAAAAAAAUGUUCAGUUCAGAGGAAAAUUGAAUGUUGAUCUUAUUGCUGAAGGGCUAAGCAAGAGAUCAUAUUCUGUUGUUUUCCUUGAAAAUGUAGAUAAAGCAGACUUUCUUGUUCAGCAAAGCUUAUCUCAGGCCAUCCAUACUGGAAAAUUUCCUGAUUCUCAUGGAAGGGAAUUUAGCAUAAACAAUGCCAUAUUUAUCCUGACUUGGGGCAGAACCAUAGACAAAAACUUAGCUCAGGGAGGAGAUUACAGUAGUUUCUACGAGGAGACUAUUCUGGCAGCUCAGUGUUGGCAGAUGAAGAUUUGCUUAGAAGCUUGUCGGGAGACUAAUAGCAGUAGUCCAAAAUCUAGUGCAGUCUCAUUUAUUUCUAUCCAAAAACACAGUACAAGUCAAGUAUAUUUACAAUCAUCUUCUUCAAGUAAGCGCAAAGUGGAUUUGUCUGAUGACUGUGAUAGGAGCUACAGAAAGUCCAUGUCCAGCAAAAGGACACACUCAAUGCCCAAGGGCUUCCUAGAUUUGAAUAUGCCUAUUGAAGAGGUUGAGACAGAAGAUGAUCAUAAUGAUUCUUCUAGUCUUAAAGAAAAUUAUACAUCUGACAACUCAGAGCCAUGGAUCAAAGAAUUCUGCGACCAGGUUGAUGCGACAGUGAACUUUACGGUUUUUGAUUUUGAUGCCCUUGCCAACAAUAUCUUGGAAGCUAUCAACAGAACCUUUCGAAGCACUCUUGGUUCAGAAUAUUUGCUGGAGAUUGAUCGAAAGGUCAUGGAGCUGCUACUUGCAGUCGCUUGGUCAUCAGAAGAUCGAGGGCCAUUAGAUAAUUGGUUUGAGCAGGUUCUCGGCAGGAGCUUCAGGAAGAUGAAGCACAAGAACAGCCAAUCAAAUAAUAACAUUCUUAAACUAGUUUGUGAGGAUGCACUUGUUGAGGAGCAUGCACCAGGAGUUCUUCUUCCCUCAAGAAUCAACAUCAAUUGACAAUUUAUUUUCCUUGAAACAUAGCAUGUAGAAUUCCUUUAUGGAAUAAACAAUGACCCUGUUGGUUAUUGAUCUUAUUGUUUUCAUGCAGCAUAAUCAGAUUAUCAUCUAUCUUGUAAAUUGAAAGCAGCCGAAAUUUGAGGGAAGUGGUUGUAGUUACCCAGAUAAACAUAGUGCUACUUUAUGUUGCUGAUUCUAAUGAGAGAAAAAAAAAGGAGCUAUUAUUGUUGCUUGACUAUGAUUGAUUCAAA